AUGGACGUGGCUCAAGUAUUGCCUAUGAAAGGAGGCACUCCAGAAACAAGCUACUCACACAAUUCUUUAUUCCAGCAAAAGGUGAUUUCUGCAACAAAGCCCAUAAGAGAGGAUGUUAUAACUUGCUUCUAUAGAGAAACAAUCCCUCAAAACCAAGCCUUUGCAGAUUUGGGCUGUUCAUUUGGACCAAACACUUGCUUUGUCUCCUUCGAUUUGAUUGAAAUUGUGGAGAAGCUUUGUAGAGACCUAAACCAAGAAUCUCCAGAAUACAUGAUCCUCUUGAAUGACCUACCAAGCAAUGACUUUAACAUUAUCUUCAAGUCUUUUGAAAGCUUUAAACAAAAGCUAAGUAAGGAAGUCAUUGGUGGGGUUGGUUCAUGCUACAUCACCGAUGUUCCUGGUUCUUUUAAUGGCAAGAUUUUCCCUACCAUAUCUUUGCAUUUUGUUCAUUCCUCCUACAAUCUUCAUUGGAUAUCUAAGAUACAUAUAUAA